AUGGAGUAUUUUAGAAGCGGAUUAAAAUCCGUUUUGGGAACUUCCCAACCUGGGGAACAAAAACGUUUUCCCGUAUCGUUUUCGACGAUUGAAAAAUUAGUCGACAGAGUACAGACUUCAACAUUGCUCGAAGAUAGAAGAGAUGCUUGCAGAGCGCUUAAAUCCCUGUCGAAAAAAUACAGGAUUGAAGUGGGAGCACAGGGAAUGAAUGCUUUUGUUCAUGCUUUACAGACUGAUUCGAUAGAUUGCGAAUUGAUAGGUUAUGUACUUGACACUCUUUGUAAUGUCACAUCGCCUGAACCAUUAGACGAAGAAGAACAACCAGAUGUUGAUUGCGAUUUGUCAAAAAUAGGAGGUCAAUUUACUGAAAUAUUCAUUAAACAACCUGAAAAUGUCGGUUUGAUAUUAGCUUUUUUAGACGAAUUCGAUUUCAGAGUGAGGUGGCCGGCUGUUAAAUUGUUAACAUCACUUUUAAACAACAAAACUAGAGAAGUUCAAGACAUUGUUCUUGUUAGUCCAAUGGCUGUAUCUAAAUUAAUGGAUUUGUUGGGUGAUAGCAGAGAAAUUAUUCGUAACGAUGUUCUAUUACUUCUCACACAAUUGACAAAAGGUAAUGCAAACUUACAGAAAAUUGUCGCAUUCGAAAAUGCAUUCGAUAGAAUAUUCGAAGUCAUUAAAGAUGAAGGUUUUGCCGAUGGAGGGAUCAUAGUUCAAGAUUCAUUUUUAUUAAUGCUUAACUUAUUGAAAAAUAAUUCAUCUAAUAUAAAUUUUUUCAAAGAGGGUAGUUACAUACAAAAAUUAGCACCUGUUUUCGCUUUGCCUCCCGAUGGUAGCGAUUAUGAUAAUUGGACGACUCAAAGGGUUGCCAACGUUCACUGUAUGCUUAAGGUUUUGAGAGCUUUAGUCAGUCCUAGUAAUCCAACACAAAUUACAAAUUCAUGUCAAGUCAUUAUGAAAUCAUCCGGACUGCUCGAAGCUUUGUGUUCCGUUUUGAUGGCUAGUGGAGUACCAGCUGAUAUACUGACUGAAACGAUUAACACAGUUGCUGAAGUCAUUCGAGGUAAUUUUUCUAAUCAGGAAUAUUUUUCUGGUGUCAUGGCUCCUUCCACUCCACCAAGACCUGUUAUCGUUGUUCUACUCAUGUCGAUGGUUAAUGAAAAGCAGCCAUUUUUACUUAGGUGUUCCGUUCUUUAUUGUUUUCAAUGUUUUUUAUUUAAAAAUGAAUUUGGUCAAGCUCAAUUAGUUCAAACUUUACUUCCAUCAACCUCUGAAGUUAAUACAUUAACCUGCGGUCAACUUUUAUGCGGCGGUUUGUUUAGCACGGAUCCACUUUCGAAUUGGUUUUCUGCUGUUGCUCUGUCACAUGGAAUAAUAGAAAAUCCUGCUGAAAAAGAACAAUUGUUAAAAGUCAUGCUUGCAACUAGUCCAGGAGCGAGUCCCGUUUCUCUCCUUCAUCAAUGUUCUCUACUCCUUCAACAGAGUAAUCAAGUCCAAUCAAAGUUUGGUCUUCUUAUAUUGUUAUCGACGUGGUUGUCGCAUUGUCCUCAAGCCGUGUCUCAAUUUUUAUCCAUACCUUCCAACAUUCCCUUUUUAACGGCUCAGACGGCAUCGACGGAACACGAUGAAACUGAGGAAUUACUUCAAGGCCUUUGUAGUUUUUUAAUGGGUCUAUGCGUUCAUUUUAACGAUAAUUCCGUACCUAGUUUUUCAAAGGAAAAUUUGUGCCAAAUAAUAUCGAAAAGAAUCGGAGUCGAAAUGUUUUUAGAUAAAUUGAGCGGAGUUUCAAAACACGAGCAAUACAACAAAGCUUCGAAACAUCCGAACAUAAGGCCGGGUAGUCAAUCCGAAUUGUUUUUAGAUCACGAAUUUUGCCGGUUGUUUAAAGUUUUGGAAGGUAUGGUUGGGAAAGCUGUGAGUCCGAGAGUGGAUUUCAUGAACGGUUCGGACGACGUUUCCGACAGCGUUUUGGUGCAACAGUACAAGGAAUUGAUACGGGAACAAGAUUUGAAAUUGAAAGAAUACGGAACGGAAUUGGAAAGGUUGAGAAAUCAGGAAGGGAUCCUCACGAAAAUGUUGAACGAAUUGAAAAUAUCCGAAGGACAAUUGAAAGAUGAAAAUGUUUUGCUGAGAGCACACGCGAGCAGUAGCGGAUCGGAUUUCAAUUACAGUCAAGAACUUUUAAGACAAAUCGAAUAUUAUAAAAAGGAAGCGGAACACUGGAAGGAACACGUGUGGAAAAUGUUUGAAAAUUACGGGAUCGCAAAUGGCGGUUUGGAAACGGAAACGGCGGCGGAAAUGGAUAAAUUAAAAGAAGAAUUGGCGGCGGAAAAAUUGAAAUUAUCGCAGGUUGAAGAGAAAAUGGCGAAAUAUGAAAAAACCGAAUCAGAAUUGGAAGCUCUUAGAAAAGAUCAGGAAAGUCUUUUGGAAUUGUUGGCCGAACAAGAGGGAAAAUUGCAAGAAUUUAAAAAUAAAUUACGGAAACUCGGUGAAAAGGUUUAUGAGAAAUUCAGCCAUUUUUCUGUCUCUUUUUUUAAUGGCUUUCUCUAA